GCCCUGCAGAACUCCUCAUAUAGCAUACAUUGGAACAGUUCAGUUCACAGCACGACAACACUAACGACGCACGCGAAUCGGCGGUCCGGUACAUUUUCCAAAUUUCGCUGUACUGUGAAACAAAAUAAAAAAAAAUGCCUGAACAAGGAAAAAUGUAUCACAGUUGAUUAUAGUGCUUCCUUUUUAUGAGGAAUGGUUACCGUUGCGAUCGAGCCGGACGUGUUAAAAAUAAUGCGGACCAAGGUGACCACAACUUGUACCAAAAAUGUGAUUGUGAUUUAAUCCUGAUUCAGAUGAAAAGUUUUGUUAGUUAUGAAAUUCGAUUUAUUCCUCUAUGGAAAUUCUAUAGCAAUGGGUUCAUGAACAGUGUCAGCUUGGUCUAGUUGUGUGAGCGCGAGAGCAGCUUGUGCGGGGGCAACGGAAUAACAGAACCACCACUACACGUGCAAUUCAGGACGAAGGGUAGAGUGCAACAAUACAACAAAUCACGCCGAAAACACAACGCAGACAAAAUCAGCAAGUGCAAUAAUUUCAAAUGAGUACAUCGAAACACCGUGGAAAAUCGGCAAUACAUGUGAACGACAAUGUGAUCAGUAACAGUUCAAAUAAUUCGCAUAACACGUUGCUCAAAAUAGAAUCUGUAGUGCCAAAGUUGACCACACGUGUCAAUAAUGCUACCGGUUUGAGUAACUCGAAUAAGCUCAAAACAUUUCAUCGAUCGCACAGCACGCUGAGCACCUCCUAUUUGAAGAAGGUCAACGAGAAACGGACUUACGUACCACGUGAGACAACUGGCGAGCGUGUGACAGAACCACCACCCAGGGACCAUCAGCACAACCCAAGUGAUCCGCAGCCAGAUGGUUCCGUUUUGGUGCAGAAUGGUAUUGCUACAAUAAAACGGUCGGAAAGAGAUCGCGAAAAGCACCCCGAUCGUGUCAACCUCGAUCGUAAAGGCCUGAGCACCAUCCCCAUUAUCGACGAUGAACCAAAUCUUCGCCUAUUAUCACUACAGCAUAAUCUCAUCAAUGCUUUCCACAUACCUGCCGAAACAGACACAAACAACAAUGAAGCGAAUCAAUCGGUCCACAACCACACAUCAUCAUCCCCAGCGCGACCAACCCCGGCAAAAACAUCCCCGACAGGGUUACCUGCUAGCACGACUCCAAAUAGUACCACCAGCAACACUCCAGCUAAGGAAAGUUCCACUGCCGUUUCUACAAACAGUCCCGGCCCGAUCGCUGUAGUUGCUAACAAUUCCCCAUUCACCAACAGUCGCAACGUAAAACAAUUCCUUAGACAAAAAUCCAUCUCACGGAGCCAACUUUACAUGAACAACAACAACAUCAACUAUUUAUCCAGUAAAGUUACAUUAGGCACAAAACCCCCAAAUGGUCAUACUUCCAACAACAAUAACAACACACAGUCUCCACCAAGUGCCACAAGCCCAAGCAAUGCGUUCCUCCAAAAACCUUCCAUCCUGCUGAAUGCUCAACAUCGUAACUUGUUGAAGAAAUCCAACAGUUUCAUCAGUAACGCAACACUGUUUCCAGCACCGCCAGCUCACCAACAGCAAACUACGAACAGUGUACUCAAACUAAAAAACAAAUUGUUACUAACCCCCUCUUUUAGCAUUGAUAAUCUCAACAACGUCAAUGAACCCAACACCGGGCCGGACAGCCCCAGCAACGGAAACAGUAAUAACAACAGUGGCAAAAACACUCCAAUCAAUGCACCACACAACGGAACCAGUUACACUGCAAAUCCACAAAACCAUAUAUCACCCAUAUUGUCGGCGGCGGAGCCUCGAUACAACCUCCAAAAUCUCGUAUUCCUAGAUCUGUACGAUAACCAGAUUGAGAAAAUCUGCUGUUUGGACGGCCUCAAGUGUCUCACGGUGCUGUUGCUGGGCAAGAAUCGUAUAACCGACAUCGGUGGUGUCGCUUCACUUCGGCAAACGCUACGAGUGUUGGAUCUGCACGGCAACAAGAUCAGCAACAUCACUGCAAAGAUCAAUCAACUGCAAGAGCUGAAGUCUCUGAAUCUGGCCGGCAAUCAGUUGCGCCAAAUCAAUGCACAAGAUUUCAACGGACUGGUCAAUCUUAAAGAGCUGAACCUCAAACGGAACAAAAUCAAGAAAAUGCACGGGUUCGAUGAUCUACGAAGUCUCGAGCGACUGUGGCUGUGCCACAACGAUCUGCAGUGCGUUGAGGAUAUGUCUGCGAUAGCAAAAGCGAUCAAUCUCAAAGAGGUGACGAUCGAGAAUAAUCCGGUUUCGCUAGCGGGAGAUUGUGUAUCGUUUCUGGUGAGUUAUCUUCCGGGUCUGGUGUCGCUAAGUCAGAUGCAAAUCACCGAGCAAGUUCGUCGUGCUGCCGCUGCCUGGCGGAAAAAUAAAGAACUCUCCGACAUGAACUACACUAAUCUCUCCACCGAUGUAUGUCAAAGCAUACGACGAGAGGAGAUCAUUUCGAAUGCCAGAACAAACUGGGAGUUGCUAAGAUCCCAACAAUCAACCGCGUGUCGAAACGUUCAACGAACCAUGCACGGUGAUCACGCAAUGGUGACCAAAGACGGAGAUGUCGAUCAUGGUAGCAAUCUGUCAGAUGUCAGCAAGGCUAGUAAGACCAAGAAAAACGUCGUCAUCACAAAUGGUGUCAGUGCUGCGAACAAACAAAGAAGCUCUCGUGCUGUGAAGAAGCCCCCAGUUCAAAAACUUGUCAGGUCGUCUUCCCAGGAUAACUCUGGUUCACAGCUUUCCGAGCAAGGAGGGGAGGACUAUUUUCGAUUACCGCCAAUUCUUGCUCCGUUCCUUGAACAAACUCCAACUACAGUUGAGUCGGAAAAUAAAAUGGAAACAUCCGAAUCAAGCAUUUCCAGUGCUUUCAGUUCCGACAAUGAGGAACCACUCACAAAACACAUUGAAAAAAGCAUAGAAGAUGAAACGACAGUGAUCGACGAAGUUUCAACACCAGAUAAAGAGUCCGAUUACCCUACAUUAAAAAUCCCCUUUGGAGAAGAUGUGAAGGAAACCAACAUUGUGCAAGAGAUAGUGACAAGUGAACAAGAAUUUCCUGUAAAAAUUACUCAACCGGAUGAAAUGAACACCGACAAAAUGUCUGCCCUCUCAGUAGGGUCCACUAAAACCACAUCCGAGUCAACACUAACAACAUCAUCAAAUUCGGACAUUGAACCUUUACGAUCUACUUCCUCACAAAAGUCAAAAGCCAUGCCACCGGCUAAAAGAUAUGGUAUAGGAACAUUGGUUCGAACAAACACUGCGCGAAGCUCUGCAGCCAUAAGCAAUGUCAAUAGUUUAGCAAACAGUUCCAAUCUAGCAAACUCAGGCCUUCUAAACAGUAAUACCCCGAAUGCCGGAUAUAGUGUGCCUCCUCCCAUUCUCUCCACUAGCAAUAGCUCAAUUACCACGAGCAAAACCAAGGUUACAGACCGGGAACGAGAACAAGGGGGUGACUAUCUGAUAGAGAUAUGCGGACGCUACCUUAAUGUCUACGGCAUGGGUGCGCUCAGGUUCAUCGACAAACAGUGGAACAUGUCGAAGGCAUGCGAUGUGCACACCGUCAAGUUCAGCUACAUCAACUUCAACAGUAUCACCGCGAUACUCAGUCGAAUCAAGGUCCGAUUUGUGAAUGCAGAGAACUUUAUCUUCCGCGAAACAAACAUCAUCUGUCUGGGUCAGAUCAACGCACUUGCCGAGAGUCAAGGGAUAGCUUCGUUGACCAUUGAUCCAGAGGGUAACCCUAUUACCAGCAAAGCCUGGCGAAACUAUGCCAUCUAUCGGCUCUCACACUGGGGCUUGAAACAGAUCAAUGGAAUCGAGAUCAACGAGGAAGAAGUACGAUCUGCCGAGAAUAUGUACGCCGGGUUGUCGGACCUAGUGCUGUGGUCUCUGCCGGAAGGUCUUCUACAACCACUUCUGCAAAGGUUGCGUUUAGAAGAGACAGCAUUUGCGACUAAAAUGACCGCCAAAGAAUGGUUAAUGCAGGCCGAUUCUUCGCUGAAAAACGUCGUCGGGAAGGAAGCUCUUCAGUGGAAGAAGCACAGCAUCACUCAGGAUGAUGCAGUAAUGCGCGCAAAGGGGAAGGCAUAUUUUGCAAAAAUGCUAGACAAUACCUGCAACGCUGUGGACAAAUUACAGCAGCUCGAAAACAUGUGGCCAACGCUUUUAGUGGAGAUGAUACGCAACACUUUGAUCGACUAUUCGCAAAUCGAUGUCUACGUGCGAAAUAUGUUUCUGGAGCUGUUCAAAUGAUGUACUGCCGCUGGAGGAGCUUGUCUUUCCAGCACAACUGCCGUUACAACCAAAAGAGUUCUAAUACUGAGACGACUCAAUCAACGUUUCGAGAAGAAAUAGCAUUUUCCCUAGGAUACAGUUGUGUUCAAAACAUUUCAUGUACGCUGCCACGGAGAAACUCCAGGACGUGUAUCUAUCGUCUCGUUCUGAAAUUUAUUCUGUAGAUUCGCAUGAUAUAGAGAAAAAGUAAAAAUCAAUGGGGUCUGUUAUUUUUUGCUCUAUUCAUCAACGCUAGUACUGAAUUAAAUAAGGAUUUAGGCAAGGAUAAAACGAUUGUAAAAAGAAGUGAAUCAUUCGAGCAAAGUAAUAAAUUGAAAUAAUAGAGAGAU